AUGCGGUUUGCCUGCUGGGAGCGACUCCUCGCAAGCGCGAGACAGUCUGUGAACGUGCUUACGUCCGCUCGAGGUACGCGGUUUUGUCACAGACGUGCCUUCUCUGGACGCAUGCCUGUCGGUUGGGACACAACGGCACGCAAGGCACUUGCGAUGAACGACAUGUUUAUGAGGUUUCGUUUUCAGUAUCGGAGUGGCGCUAUGUACAGUUCCUUCUCGACAUCACAAGGAGAAACCCUAUUCAGUGCAGAGCGAGUUUCAGACGCAGCAGUCUGGCGACGACGUCUGGAGCAGCGUCGGCGCCGACAGUUUUACAGCGCGUUGGGCGGCGUUGUUGGCGCAGCGUUGAUGACGUUCGCGGUGAUAAAAACAAUGGAAGACAGCAUGAUCUUCUUUUACACGCCGACGCAAGUAUUGGAAGAAUUGCCGCCAACAACUGCAAACAGACGGAUGCGUCUGGGCGGGCUGGUUGUCAGCGGUAGCCUGCAGCGCCAUGGCAACGGAGAUGUUGAAUUUGAGAUCACGGACUUGGAGAACGAAGUUCUUGUCACGUUUAAUGGGUUUCUACCAGACUUGUUCCGCGAAGGUCAGAGCGCUGUGGUUGAAGGAUAUAUUUUGGAGCGGGAGAACGAUGGACGACCGCUGCGAUUCAAGGCCACUAGCGUCCUUGCAAAACACGAUGAGAAGUACAUGCCGGCUCAGGUUCGCAGUAUGCUGGAAAAGAACCGGCCGACUCGCAGUGACACGCCCUAG